UAAGCGUGCGUCUUCACUUCCGGUCCGGGUCGGAGGUUAUGUAGUAAUGGCGGCGUUAGCGAUGGACGAACCUGCGUCUGAAAAAGAUGCGAUUGCAGAGGGAUUGCUUGACCUUCUGAAGCCGUCUGUACAGCAGCUCGAUUUACAUGUACACUCAAUGAGAGAGAGCCAGGUGGAGUUGAGAGAGCACAUUGACAAUCUAGCCUCAGAACUUGGCCGAAUAAAUGAGCACCAGAAGGUUUCACUAGACCUUGACCCAUAUGUGAAGAAACUGCUUAACGCAAGACGCAGAGUUGUGCUAGUAAACAACAUACUGCAAAAUGCCCAGGAACGACUGAGGCGACUAAACCAUAAUGUAGCCAAGGAGACCGCACGACGAAAAACGAUGCUGGAGGCAUCGGGAGCAUUCAUCACACGUCCAUCCGGCAAACCAUGAACCGGUCCCUCGCUUUAAUACAUACAAGUCAUAUCUUAGCGCUGUUCAAUUUAAAAAAUUGCAAUUUUGAAUCGCCAGAACCAUGUUACUCCGUGAUUGGCUGUCGGCAUAACUUUAUUGAAUUUCCCAUUAAGGCACAGGCCGAAUCAUUUCUGGAAAUAAACACAACUAUGUGGACAGAGGGUGAAAGACAUGACAAAAAUUCCAGAAUCAAGUAGUUUGACUUAAGUUCUUACGUUAACAUUACAGACUAUUGGUACAUAUGGAUAACCAAACAAGUAAGACUAUAAUUAAGUCUUGUUAGAUUACGUUGUUUUAAUAUAAUAUAAUUUUUUUUACUUUGUUAAACAAAACCUUUUAGUGAUCUACUGUUUUCACUGAUUUAUUUUCAGUACAUUGCAAAUUAUUUCCAUUUAAUUUGACAUUUAAAAUAAUCAGUCAGUCCCUACCAAACUUAAUAGACUAUGCUUGUGAAUGUUCAUUUAUUUUCAAUAUCAAUUUCUAACUCCACAAAAAAUAAAUGACUAUUAAGUCAAGGCAGUAUAGGCCAUAUGUUAUAAUUUAUCUCAUAUAUACUACUGCAAUUAUUUGACUUACACAUUGAAUCGUACUAGCCUACUGUAAGUCCUCAUUUAUCAAAUAUUGCAUAACUUUGAUACAAUUAUUUUUGCCAGCAGGGCAAUGUUGUUGAGCAUGAGUGUUAUAAUGAGCAUUGUUGUACACACACUUCAGUUGUGUCGCUUAAUGACGUUGAAGCUACGCAGGCCGUGAAAACAAAGAAUGCAAUCUGAUUCAGAGCAGAAUGUUCUGAAACUGGUUGGCGGAGAAUGGCACAGAUGUGUUUGUACCGUCAACGUCUGGUAGUCGCAAACUGACACGAUGAAGCCCUCCAACAGAUGGGUGCACACAGAUUUUAAAGGUCAAGGAUGCCUGGCCGUGCUAGGUAAACAUGCUCACAUCUGAGAGAGACAAAGGAAACACAAGACGAAAUGCCCACGAAGGCGUGUGCCACAGAUCUGCAAUUCCUCCAUCUAAACCCAGUUCGGCCGGAUAGAAACACCUCUGGAAGAUGUGAAAUGUAACGGUUAUAUUUUAUAGCCCACAAUAUAUUAAGUACUGUAGGCCUAUACCAAAUAUAUUAAAUGUCUCUUAAAACAAAUGUCUCGUUGUCUGUCUGAAACAAACGAAAUAUAUAAAAUGUCUCUAAAAGAAAUCAAUGAAAUGUUACGAUAGGCAAUAAUAUAAAAUACAAUAAGUCAGUAAAAAAUAUAGGGUAGAGAUAUCCACAGUAAUUUACUGUGAUUCUGCACUUAAUUAUUGAAUAUUUGUCACAGUAUACUACUAGUCUGUGAUAUGCCUAAAAAUAGUAAUCAAUUAGAAUUGUAGAAAUCACGGUUAUGAAUGGACUACUAAAGAAAAUACCAGUACUGUAGAAAAUGCCUGGUUAACAUGUAAGUGUAGAAAUUCACAGUAACCUACGGAGCCCGGGAGGUGAAUGGGAGUCAUUUUAUUUUUUUUAACGCAUACCAAUUGGCAUGCAUGUUUAAAAGCACAGAUAUAAUACAAAGUUUAAAGAAAAACAUUGUAUUGUAGCCUUUGAUUUUUAAGGGAGAUGAAAACAACCACACAGAACAGAAGAAAAAAAAUGGAUAAUGAAGAAAUGCAUCACAAGACGAAAUAGGAAGAAUUAAAAAACUGAAAUGAGUUUGAAACGUUUAUAUCUAAGAUCUUCAUCUUGUAUAGAGUUAGAGACAACAAUCUAUGAUCAACUG